AUGGGAGGUUGCAAGGCAGAUGAAACGAAGAAUUGGGCCGAGGUGUUCGACCCAAUUACGCAAACGUGGGAAUCUUUACAUGACCCUGGCCCUAGUCUCCUCCGCUCCUCUUUAAUCAAGACAAUAUACGGGAGAGAGGGAAAGGCUUACGUUAGUAACACCGAGAAUACAAAUUAUUUUUAUGAUCCAAAGGAGCUGAGAUGGGGCGUUGCAAAAGUGGCACUCAAUGUUGAGAGAAUGUGUGAUAUAGCGAAUGUUUUGUACGCUUUUGAUGAUAAAAACUAUUUCUCGUGGUAUGACACAAAGCGUGAAGAGUGGAGAAUGGUCAAAGGCUUGCAGAUACUGGUGAGGAAUUGUUGUGAUAGUGUUAUUGACAUAGCUAACUACGGUGGGAAACUCUUAGUCUUGUGGGAGAAGAAGCAGCCUAAUAAGUGGUAUGAGAAGAACAUUUGGUCCUCGGUGAUUGCACUUGAAAGACGCUUUGGUGAUGAAGUUUGUGGAAUUGUUGAGUGGGCUACCAUUGUGCUCACAGUUCCCAGAUCAUAUGUUUUCUUGCGUUGCUAA